AUGGAUGGAUAUCGUACCUUCGGACCGGGCUCUGAGGAUGAGGACGCAACGGAAACUGGCUCCCUCCGGGACAGAAACCCACGCGAAGACUCAAUAGAAGCACGGCGGCGACGAAAUAUCGACCAUGCAUCGCUCAUUGCCUUUUACGCCGGCCACGCGCUCUUCAUGGCUAACAACCGCGGGUACGAAUUUGCUUCCGUCCUAUUCACGGCCUCAGCGUUCCCGCACACACUGGUAGCUGCUUCGCUAAGGGGCCUAUCCGCCCAUCUGGCUUCAGUCUUAUUUUCGCCGAGCGUAGGACGAUGGUGUGAUGCCCAUGCUUCUCGCAUCCGGCCAGUACAGAUCUGCAUCGUCAUGCAGAGAUUUUGCAUCGCAUUGGCGUGUUUGGGAUGGGCGUUGAUUGUGCAAGAAAGCGAGGCAUGUCUUGAUCCAGGAUUCCGGGGCCAGCCAGACGUAUCGACAUGGAAGAGGACGACAUUCGCAGUGUUGCUCUUGCUCGGAAUGUUGGAGAGACUAUCUGCAGUUGGCAAUCAGAUCGUCGUCGAAAGGGACUGGCUUCCAUUGCUCGCUGAAAGGAACUGGCUUCCGCGGCUCGCUGAAAGGUCGAGUCCCUCGGGCACAGCCCCAGACUCACCCUCACCUAAGCCGCUUCUACACACUACUACAGAAGAAGAUCCAUUGUUGAGUGGUAAACCGCCGAGGCUCCACAAUCUCAACGCUACCACGAAGCUCAUUGAUCUCGUCACAAAGCUAGUGACACCUCUAGCCGUCAGCGCCAUCGCCAUUGGAUUCACGAGCACAAGAUGGGUAGCAGGGAUAUUGGCCCUCACCCAGCUCCUCUCUUGCCCAUUAGAACUGUACCUUACGCAUCUGGUCUGGACCGCGUGUCCAGCACUCCAAAAACCCAAGGCCGGAUCCCAGAUUACCUCCGCAACGUCGCCUGAAGAAGACCAGCAGGUAGCAACACUCAGCCAGCGUUUCAAAACAGACCUGACAGCAUGGUCCCACAGCCUCCGGAUAUACAUCAGAAGCACCGCCUUACUCCCCUCCCUAGCCUUUGCGCUCGAACCCUUCUCAGUCCUCACGCUCGCCGGAAGUAUGACUUCCUACCUCCUCGUUGCCCAAUUUCCGCUCACGCACAUCACCGCCGCCAGGGCAGCAAGUACCAUCGUCGAGAUCUCCUCUACGAUACUAACACCUCUCCUGAUAGCAUGGCACUCGCGCCGCAACAAAGACCCACCCGAGGAUCCCUCAAACCUACGCUCCCUAACAUUCGUCGGCCUCCUCGGUCUCUCCUGGCAAUUCAUCCUCCUGAUUCCCGCGACAACACUUCUGAUGCUCCUCGGAAACACAUCCUCGACAGGAUUCCCAUCGGCGGCUGCUGCGAAAUUCCCGGCCAUCUUGUUCACCACCCUCGCCCUCUCGCGUUUAGGUCCUUUCGCGUACUCCCUCGUCUCGCAACAGAUCGUCCAGCUCCAAGUCCCCUCUCACGAGCGAAUGCAAUUCUCCGGCGUCGAAAUGGCAUUGAUCGACCUCUCUGAGCUCGCGAGAUGGGGAAUGCUGGGGAUCUUCGGAGCGCCGAGCCAAUUUCGCUGGGCCGCGGUGAUCAGUUUCUGUUCCGUGGGAUUAUCGGUGGGGAUGUUUGCCGUUUGGAAGGAGAAGAAGAAAUGA